UCCGCCCCCCGCCGAGGCCUUCGGAGCCUGCACGCUUAUCCCUGCUUGAGUCACUGCCCGCAAACACUAGGCCAUGGGCGCUGCGGGAUCCUCCGCGCUGGCCCGCCUCGGCCUCCCCGCGCUGCGCCUCCCCGCGCAGCCCCGGCCCGCCUGGCUCGGGGUGGCCGCGCUGGGACUGGUCGCGGUGGCCCUGGGGACGGUCGUCUGGCGCCAAGCGCGACCCAGGCGACGCCGACGAUUGCAGCAGGUGGGCACCGUGUCGGAGCUCUGGAUCUACCCGGUCAAGUCCUGCAAGGGGGUCUCGGUGAGCGAGGCCCAGUGCACGGCCAUGGGGCUAUGCAGAGGCCACCUGCGGGACAGGUUUUGGCUGGUGAUUAAGGAAGAUGGACACAUGGUCACAGCCCGGCAGGAGCCACGCCUGGUCCUGGUCUCUGUCACCUGUGAGGACGAUUGCCUGGUCUUCAGGGCUCCAGAUGUGGACCCGCUGGUUUUGGAGAGCAAGCUGCCUUCUUCAAACGCGCUCCAUGACUGCAGGAUUUUUGGUCUUGACAUUAAGGGCAGGGACUGUGGUGACGCGGCAGCUCAAUGGUUCACCAAGUUCUUGAAAACAGAUGCUUUAAGGCUGGUUCAGUUUGAAAAGAAUAUGAAGGGAAGAGAAGCAAAGGACAUUUUUGCGUCUAUUGUACAGAAUUACCAGAUUGCCUACCCAGAUUGCAGUCCCAUCAUGAUCCUGUCGGAAGCCUCCCUGGCAGAUCUGAAUGCCAGGCUGGAGAAGAAAGUGAAAAUGGACCAGUUCCGGCCAAAUGUCGUGGUGACAGGCUGCGACGCUUUUGAGGAGGAUACUUGGGAUGAACUCCUAAUUGGCAAUGUAGAAAUGAAAAAGGCUUUGUCUUGUCCCAGGUGCAUUAUGACCACGGUGGACCCAGAUACUGGAGUGAUAGACAGGAAGGAACCGCUGGAAACCCUGAAGAGCUACCGCCUGUGUGAUCCUUCUGAGAAGCAAAUAUACAAGUCGUCCCCCCUUUUUGGGGUCUAUUAUGCGGUGGAAAAAAUUGGAAGCUUGAAAGUUGGUGAUCCCGUGUAUCUGAUGGUACAGUGACGGACCCAUGAGGGUGAUACGGUUUCAGCGAUCAGGAGGCAUUGAUCAGGAUUUUAACAACAGCAGCAAUAGCACCGUGGGAAAUUUUUAUUACCUAGCUUUUGAUCAUCUUCACCCUGGAAAUGAAUCUAUUUUUGACUUGUUGGAGUUACAUAUGCUCCGAGUUAAUGCGAGGAAACUAUUAGAGGUGAAUUGGGAAUAAGAAGUUAUAUAGAUUUUAGGUAAUGAAGACUUUUUAAAUAAAUAAAAUUGUCUAUAAAAUUAUUUUGAAUGUUACUGUAGCUAUUGUACUUCUCCAGUCCCUGACAUUAAUAUUGUUAAAGUUUAAAGAAUGAGCUAAAAAGCUGCAAAAAGUUUUCUGAAUGUUUACAUUUUAUUACCUAUCAUUCCAUGUUUUAAGAGAAAUGGGGACAGUCGGUUUCCUGAUGUGCCUUUAUAUAUGUGAACACACUCACAAAAUCCUAUUAGUCGGAUUUCAUGUGGCUAUUGAGUCCUAUUGAUGUUUCGCUCAUGUGUUUUAUACCCAACCAUCGUAGAAUCAAGUUGUACUUGAGUAUGGAAAUUAUUUUAUAGACCUUGUUUUUAUAUUUGAUUACACCUCUGUUGAGCCAUAUACAAAUAAUUGUGUGUAACCAUCAGAUACACCACCUGCAAUUUCAGGUGUGAUAAUGUUGAAAAUGGGAUUUAGAAGAAUGGAAUUUUGAGAGUUGGAGUGGGGAGAAGGAAGUUGAACGUAUUUUUUGAUGUGAAUCUUCUUUUUUUUUUUUUUUUGGUAACAAAGAGAAAUGAACUGUUUUUGUAUGAUUAAACACAAAUUUACACUGACCGAAUUAUACCCACUUAUAAUUUUGUGGUUUCUUUAAUAUUAAUAAACGGGAAUCUCCAUUGUACUUUU